GCCCCUGCCGCGUCGCUGCCGCAGCACCGCGCCGACGAGCGUUUGCGGCUGACGAGAGGAAGGGGAGCGCGGUGUCCUGCGCCGGGAGCCGCUGGAGGCGCGCGGAAGCCCGAACGGGGGCUCGCGGGGUGCGCCUGCGACAGCGGGGUCGAUGGCGGGGGGGCCCGGCUAGCUUCCGGAAAUGGCGGCCGCCCGACGCGCCGUCCCCUCCCUGUCGGAGUGCCAGUGCCGCAUCUGCGUGGACAUCCUCGUCGAGCCCAUCACGCUGCCGUGCGGCCACACGCUGUGCAGUCCGUGCUUCCAGGCGACUGUGGAGAAGGCGAGUCUGUGCUGCCCGUUCUGCCGCCGCCGGGUCUCUUCGUGGACCCGGUACCACACCCGAAGGAAUUCCCUGGUCAACGCCGAGCUGUGGGCCGUCAUCCAGAAACACUACGCCAGGGAGUGCAAGCGCAGAGCCUCGGGGCAGGAGCCGGAGGACGUCGUUGAUGACUAUCAGCCAGUUCGCUUAUUAAGUAAACCUGGGGAAUUGAGAAGAGAAUAUGAAGAGGAGAUAAGCAAGGUGGAGGCAGAGCGACGAGCUAGUGAAGAAGAAGAAAACAAAGCCAGUGAAGAAUACAUACAGAGAUUAUUAGCAGAGGAGGAAGAGGAGGAAAAACGACAGGCAGAAAAAAGGCGAAGAGAGAUGGAAGAGCAACUGAAAAGUGAUGAGGAACUAGCAAGAAAGCUAAGCGUUAAUAUCAACAAUUCCUGUGAUGGAAAUGUCUUGGCUUCUCCCUUGAAUUCCAGAAAAUCUGAUACAGUCACAACCAAGUCCCAAAAGAAAAGUAAGAACAAACAAACAAACACUGGAGAUAUUCAUAAGUAUUUGUCACCUAAACCUCAGUUUGGGUCAGCAUCACAGUCUGAAGUUGUACAAGAAAGCAGGGAAAACUCCAUGUCUAAGGAAACUGAUAGUAGUGUUGUAAAAAGCCCUACACAGCAAGAUACAGAAAUUGAGGAAGAUAUGCCAACACUUUCUCCACAAAUACGCAUUGAAAUGCAAGAACAGGGUGAAAAGUCUUUAGAGUCACCUAUGCCUCAGUUACGUGCCAAUGGUAGAGAAUGGUGCCUUGAAGGAAAAGUCCAAAUGAGUACAACCAAUCAUGAUAAAGAGUUACAUGUCCUAAAUCAUGAGGGACCUGAAGCCAGAGUUCCUUGCUCUGGAGAAACUGCAGUUAAGCCUUAUGGCAAAACAGAGAGUGGGUGCACUAUAUCAGGUAUGACACAAAUAAUUGGAAGUAAUACAGUUGAGACAGAAAAUGAAGAGUCUUGCCUACCGAUCAGUAAAGAUAUUUCCAAAAGAAAAAAACAGGAAUCUUUAUCUGAAGCAUCCAGGGAUCCAUGCGUUUCUGCAAAAAGAAGAAAAAAGUUCCCCAAAGCUUCCUCAGACCAAGAGGAAACAGAAAUCAACUUUACCCAAAAACUGAUAGAUUUGGAACGCUUACUUUUUGAGAGACAUAAACAAGAAGAACAGGACAGGUUAUUAGCGUUACAGCUUCAGAAAGAAGUAGAUAAAGAACAAAUGAAGCCAAACCGGCAAAAAGGAUCCCCAGAUGAGUAUCAGUUACGUCCUACAUCUUCACCUCCAGACAAAUUGCUAAAUGGACAGAGGAAGAAUUCCAAAACUAGGAACUUCAAAAAACAGACUGAUCUAGAGCAUUCAAAAUCUCGGAGAGGCUCCAAAAAUGAAAAUUGGCAGGCAUCUUUCAAGAUCCAGUUGAAACAUUCAGUUAAUGGAAGAAAGAUGCCAAAUUCUUCUAGAGAUAAUUGUAAUGUAUCUAAAAGUACUCCUUCCCUACAGCCUAGUAAGUCACAGAAAAGUAUUUUUCAGAUGUUCCAGAGGUAUACAAAGUAAUUCAUGGGGAAGAGGGAGUAUUUUAUAAUCUAGUAAAGCCGGAUUAUGAAGCUCUCUUCUUUAUCAUAGAAUCUUUAUAAUUGUUAAACUCAUCAUCUAUAAAGGACUGUGUGAUCACAAGGGAGGAAUAUAAAUAUAUUUCUGCCAAACUCAGUAAGCAGGAGUCCCAAUCCUUUCCUUUUUUAAUAACUGUGAUGUACUAAGUUUGACAAUCCUUAUGGAUAUAAAAAUGCCUUGGUUGAACUCCCAAGAAAUCUUCAAGUGCCAUUCUGUUUCCAAAAAAUGCAUGUUUUAUGACCUUUGCUUCCCUUUUGUCCUAACUAGUAGUAAUCAAAGCAAGAUCAUAGUGUACCGAGUAGUUAAGAAUCCAGGCAGGGUAAUUUUUCAUGCUACUUUCUCAUAUAUUUGCAGAGCACUUGAAAUGCAUCCUGCAUGACACUAAAAUAAUCUAGUUUUCAUCUCCACUUUAAUUAUUAUAGCUGUUAUAGCAUUUUCUUUUAUAUAAAAUAGUUUAUGAUCAGUGUGAAAUCAGAAAAAUCAGUUUCCUGGAAAAUUAGGAAUUAGUUGACAGGAAACUAGGCUCUUGACGCGAAAGGAGUUAGGAGUUAAGUUGCACCAAAUUGACGAUUUGGAAGCAUUGGAACUGACUGCAUGAUCAGAAACUGGGUCCAGGACAGAGGAGCAGGUAAAGUUUGGUAGAGGGUUCUCCAUCCUUUCUUUGCUAAAUGACAUGGAAAACGUUUGGGUUUUAUAGCUUUUCACACCAUAGUAACUGGUGUCAAAAUCAAAAUCAAUUACUAAAUUGCAUGAAAUUUGGGAAUUUGACAUUUCUGUUAAUCUGCUAUUCCAGGAAAAAAAAAUGGGACUUUACUGUAGGAGAGUUAAAUAUAUCUUUUGUUGUAGGACCUGAAAUAUAACCAUGUAUUUAUUUCCUUAUAUUAUCAUUUGUAUAGAUACUUUUAUACGUGUUUAUGUACAGAAAAACAAAGUCUGAUGCUUGGGUUUUGCCGUGUUACCCCUGAAAGUUAAAUCAGAAGGCAGUGAUUUCAUUUAGUGAAAUGUAACUUAGAGACUAUUAAUCUUUUUUUCAUUAAUAUGAACAACUUUAGGCAAAUAGCGGUUUUAACAACAUUUCUGCUGAUCUCUAGUUAUCCAUCCUUUUAAGAUAAAAAUAAAAUGUCCUAGAGCUAAUUCUAGCUUAAAUUUGUCAAUAUUUUUGUACAUUAUUAAGAUUUUUUUCCUCCAAAUUUUGUAACUGAAAUUCUGUUAGUGUUUGCAUACUUAAUGGCAUCUAUUUCAAUAUUGAUUUGGUAAUUAUGGGUAGAAUUCUGAUGCUAAUUUAAAGUUUAAUUUGCCCUUUCUCAAAAAAAAAAGGUGAUUGCCCUUUGAAUAAUGAUUGAAAUCUAGUCAGAAACUAACCAAAUUUGUUCAAAAUACAAUAAAAUCUGUCUUCUCAUCAAACCAGUAUUAUUCUCAGAGCGAUUUCACUUUAUAUUUUAGAGUAGACACUGUUGGAACUCCUCAACAGUUGUAUAAUUAAAAUUUCCUGGAAUAGUCCUUGACCAAAAAGGAGGAAAAAAAUAGUGUGACGUAUAGAAUUUACACAUUUAACCACUUAAUUGUCUGUGAAGAAAUUUUCCUGACCUCAAGAUAAAUUUUAAUUUCCCUAUUAGUUUUUCUGAUAGUCUUAGCUUAUAUGCCUUAUUGUUAGAAACUAAUAAAUGCUUUGUGUCAGUCGUUAA